AUGCCGAAAGAAAACCUGAUUUUCAAGUUGGAUAAUCUGGAGUACCAGUACCACCACCUGAAUAAUUCUUUGGCUGGCUUUCAACCUCGCUUAAAAAACACUGCAAAGACAUACAAUGCCAAAGGUAAAAAGACAUCGAAAAAGAUCAGCAAACUACUAGAGUCUUCUAGGAUUGAAGAUGUCUCCCGUGAACUGGAUUCCUUACGUGCGGAAAUUAUCCAGAAAAAGGCUUUCUAUCUCGAGAAGAAGCUAACCUCAAGUUUGGAAAAGACGCUACAACAACAAUACGCAUCACUUUUGAAAAAGCCCACCGAGAAAAACGAAGAUAAACUGAAAGCAUUGACUGAACUGGAUAACAGGCAUUCGAUUCCCGCCUUUGCCAAACUUUUCUCAAGGUCUAAGACCUGUAAGCUCGUUAUUGCUAGACUUGCACCAACUAAAGCUUUGAAAGAGAACCCUCCAAAGUGGUUCGCGAAAAGUGAAUACUUCCAGACUUUCCAAGACAAGAGCAGCACCUACAACCCUGGCCGGGUGUGGAAUCAAGUGGUACUUCCUACUCGUGGAUGCGAGAAACUUCUUAGUCAAGCGAUGGCGGGACAAAAAGUGAAGGAGUUAUUGGCGGCGUUCGACAGCGGCAUGGAUCUAUUCCUAAAUGUCAGAAAAGCCAAGGAGAUCGAGCAGCCGACAGCCGCUAUAGGUGCCUCUGUACCUGCAUUUAAUGAGUCGAGCUCCGAUUCUGCAUCUGAGUCGGAAUCUGAGUCGGAAAAAGAAGAUUCGAAGUUCUCCGAAGGCGCAACUGAUAACAUUGACGAAGAGGAGAUAAUGAGGCAAUACGAGGGCAUGCUCGUGGCCUCCGAUGAAGAGGAGGGUGACAGUGACGCACCCGCCUUGGAUCCCAGUAUAAACUACAAUGAAGUUACAGAUGAGGAGCCUAGCGAAUCAGAAACUGAAUACAACGUUCCAUUGAGUGAUGAAGAAGGCGAUGAGGAACCUCCUAACAAGAAACAUAAAAAAGAUAAGAGCAAGAAGAGCGACAAGAAGGGCGAAAAAAAUGCCAACCUUCCGGAAUUGAUGACGGGUUACUAUAGCGGCGACUCUGACGAAGAUUUUUCUGAAGACGAGGUUGCCGCCAGACAAAUAGCGACGGAGCCUAAACGUAAGAAUAGAAGAGGUCAACGUGCAAGACAAAAAAUUUGGGAGAAGAAGUUCGGUAAGACUGCCAACCAUGUCCAAAAACGAAUGGCCCAAGAGCAAUCUGAGAGGCAGCAGAGACAGGUUGAAUAUGAACAAAGGGCUGCCAAGCGUGCUGCAAAGGCUCAAGAGAGGGAGGCUGCACAGGCGCUAGCACAGCCUUCAAAGGGAAAGGAAGAGAAGCCCAAAGACAUGCCUAUGCAUCCUUCCUGGGAGGCAAAGAAGAAGGCUGAGGAGAAACAAAAAGCUGCCAAGUUUCAAGGUAAAAAGAUUGUGUUUUGA